CAAAUCUAUUUCUCUUCUUCGCGAUACAGUUGCUCUGAGGCGAAAUGCAAAUUCCGGUGGAGUCGAGUCUCCGACAUAUCUGUUUGGGUCGCUAUAGCACCGUCGAAUGAACGAAGGAGAAUCGAUGGAGGAGUAAAAUCUUUCCGAUUUGGAGUGAAGUCGAUCAAGGAAGCUCCAAAAUCUUUCCAAGGAAAAGUGAGCAGCUGAAAAGAGUGGCUUCACUACAAGUAAGAAAGGCUUAACCUUGAAAAGAAGCUUCUGCAGCAAAGGCUUAUCACAGAGCAGUACACCCCACAUAGAUGUAUCAAAGGCUGCUAAUUAAAGGAUGUUGGUGUUGUUCUCUUGUAUGAUCCUAAACUUUAGGUUAUGAAGAAUAGAGUUAUUUUAUUGUAAUACAGAUUAUGUAUGUUGUGAAAAAAAAAAUACAGAUUAUGUAUGUUUUGUGUCAUGAAUGUUUUUGAUAAUUUAUGCAAUAAAAAGAAGUUAUAUAUUAA